AUGAAGGACAUAAUUGACGAGUAUGAAAUUGUUGGAAAGAUUGAAGACCCAAAAGAAGGGUGUUCUAACGGUAUUGUAGAGGAUGAAAAAAAAGAAAAAGAUGAUAAAAUACAUGUUGAUAUAAAUAAUGAUGGAAAAACGUUAGGUGUUUCAAAUAGGAAGAAUGAAAAGGAAGAAGAAAAAAAAACGAUACUUAGUUCUACAUAUAAUAAAUGUACACAUUUGGAGAAUAAAAAGGAGAUACAUGAUAUGAAUUAUAUGAAUGAUAUGAAUAAUAUAAAAGAGGAAGAAUCAGAAUAUAAUAUUAUAAAUAAUGAUGAAGGAAAAAAAAUGAGGGAAUGCCCAAAUAUAGGAACUGGUGCAAUUAUUAAAGAUAUAUCAACAGAUGAAAAGAAUAAGAUAAAAUGUAAAGAUAUUAAUAAGAAUGAAUGUGAUAUACAUAAGGAAGAUGAUAAUAAAAAUAAUAUUACAAAUGUAAAUAAAAUGAAAAGUAUAAUUAUGAAUAAGAAUGAAAAUGAAUAUAAAAAAGAUAACAAACAAAAUAAUAAUAGUAGUGUUAGUAAUAAUAAUUGUAAUAUUAUUAAUAAGGGUACAUCACAUAUUAGUAUAAAUAUGUCUGAUAGAUGUAGCAAUGUGAAACAUUAUAAAGUAUUAAUACAUGCUCCUGCAUGUUGGAAAGGUGAGAAAUUUAAUGGUACACCAUUUAUAUUUGUUUAUGACAAAAGUAUAAAUUUUUAUACAUAUAGUGAAUCACCUUUAGAAAUAGAAAAAUAUAUUAUUGAUACUAAUGAUGAAGAUUUUGAAAAUAGAGUCUUAACUAUUAUAUUUUAUGAUUCUCUUUUUGCUUGUUCUACAUCAUGUCUUCUUAUAAAUAAUAAUAAAAAUGAAUUACAACAUUUACCUAAACCCUUGAGUGUUUUUUAUUUACCUUUAUGUAAAUUAGAUUUAGAAAAUGAUUCUGUAAAAUAUAGAUUAGGAUUAAAAACAAAUAGUAUAUUGUGUAAUAUAAAUAUCAAUGAAGCUAUUAGUUUAUUUAAUAAUAGUACAAAAUUGAGUGGUCAGAAUAUAAAUAAAUUUAGUUUACAUUUUUUUUUAAAAAAUAAUAAUUAUUUAAAUAAUAAUAAUAAUAAUUGUAAUUUUCCUUAUAAUUAUCUUAAUUAUAAUACUAAGAUUUAUGGUAUACCUCGAUCUAAUUUGUCAUCAUGUGUACAAAAACAUGCACUAUAUGAAAAUAAUAAAUACACAAAUAAUAUUAACAAUAAUAAUAAUAAUAAUAAUAAUAAUAAUAUUAGUAACAAUAGUUGUAGUAGUACUAUCGGCAAGAGACACAAUUUAAAUUCUUCAAAAAGUCAAGUACAUUAUUUUAAAACUAAUAAUUCGGUAGAUCAAGAUGAAUAUAUUUCAUUAGAUAAAAUAAAAAGUAAGUGGGAACAAUAUGCACAUAUGAAUAACACAAGUAGCCAAAAUAAUAUUCAUUCAAUAAAAAAUGAUAAGGUCUCACCACAUAUUAUUACAAAUGAAAAAAAUAAUAAUGAUAAUAAAGUGAUAAAUCUUAAUAAGUAUGAUUCUACAUAUGAAAAUAUAGGUAUAGAUAAUGAAUCAUUUACUAGCAAAAUGAAAUCUGAUAUAUAUUUAAAUAACCGACAAAAUAUGUAUGACAAUAUGAAUCAAAAGGAAUGGAAAAAAAAUAUUUUUCUUGAGAGGGACAUAUUAUCUAAACAAAACAACAAAAAAAAAGAAGCACACAAAAAUAAUUAUAAUAAUAAUGAUAAUAAUUAUAAUAACUAUAAUAAUAGCUUUAAGAGGGAAAAUACAAAUAUUAGCACAAAGGAUAAAUCAGAUUACAAUAUUUAUGAACAAGAAGAAAAAUAUUUCCCAGAAUUAGAUAUAAAAGAUGAUGUCCUACCAGAUGAUAGUGCUUCUAUGAUUCAUAUACGUGAUAAAGAUUCUAUAAUAUCAGGAAGGAGCAAAAAAAUGUAUGAGAAAAAUAAGUUAACUACUAAUUUUAAUGUAGCUCACAAUAUAUUUUCUACGGUAAAACAAAUUAUACAAAAAAAAAGUGAUGAAAAAAAGAUGGAGAAAAAUAAAAACGAAGAAAAUACAAAUAGUCCAAUAUGUAACCAAAAUAAUAUGAACAAUAUAAAUAAUAAUAAUAUAUGUUAUGAUAAUAAGAGAGAAUCAAGUGGAUGUGAUUCAAUUUAUAAAAAUACACAAGAAAAGAAUAAGACUAGGAAAGAAACAAAUUUUAUAAAUGACGAUAAAUCUGUUUGCUACUCUCAAGUUAGUAAUUUAAAAUAUUUUAAUACGAACCAUUCUAUAUGUUCAUCAUAUGGUAAAAAUGAUGAACAUCUAAUUCUAGCUAUUAAAGAAAUUAAAGAUUGGAUGGAAAAAAUCGAAGAUAAAGUUAGUACUAUAUCAGCAUGUGAUAAAAGUGAUGUAAACGUUACAACGAAUGGACUUUCUAGAUGCCAUGAAGAUAAAUAUAACAGAUUAUUAAAAUUUUUAAUUAAGAGUGUAAAAAAUAAUAUUAAACUAAAAAAUAAAAGUAUUUAUAAAAGAUGCUAUUUAAAUAUCCGAAAUCUUUACCUUGUAAAAAAGAAUGAUAAAAUAAAAUUUGAAAAUAAAUUAUUAGAAAGAAAUUAUAAUAAAAUGAAAACAAAAUAUAGAAAUGUAUUAGUAAAUAUAUGUAAAAAAAUAUUUUUAUUAAAAUAUUAUUCAAUGAAAGAUAAAUUACAUUUUAAUAAAAAAUAUGAAAAUAUGAUGAGACAUCUACAAUUAGAAAAAAAUGAUUUAUUAAGUGUUAUUGAAGAAAAAAAAUAUGAACUAGAAAAUAAUGUUAAUUUAAAUCAUAUAUUAUCAGAACAAUUAAAAAAGAGUCAAGAAGAAAAAGAAGAUAUUAUUAAUAAGAAUUUUUAUUAUGAAAAACAAGUAGACAAUGUUACCAAAAAAUAUGAACAUCUACAUAAUGAUGUAAUCACAUUAAGAGAAGAAAUAGAACAACUACAAAAAGAUAACCAUACUUUGAAAAAAAACAAAGAAAAUUUAUUAAAUGAAAAUGAUAUAAUGAAAAAAGAAAAUGAUAUAUUAAAAAAUGAAAAUGAUAUGUUAAAAAAAGAAAGUGAUAUGUUAAAAAAAGAAUUAGGAGAAACGAAAGCUAAAUAUUUUAAUUUGACUGGUAUAUUAGAAGGUGAAGAAAAGAUGUAUAGUCAAAAAGUACAAGAACUUGAAGAAAAACUUCAAAAGGUUACAUAUGAAAAAAAUAAUAUGAUCAACGAUAUAAAAGAUGAAAUAGAUAAAUUUACCAUACUUAUAAAUGAAAAAGAUAAAGAAAAUAUGAGAAUUAAAGACAAAUUAAAAGAAUUAAAAAAUGUAGAAGAAAAAUAUAAAAAUACUCAAAAGAAUUUUGAUUCUCUAAAAAAAGAAUUUGAAGAAUCUUUUGAACAAGUACAAAUUAUUUUAAAUGAAAUGAUACAAAAAGAAAAAGAAUAUACUAAAAAAUAUAAUAAUUCUAUAACAUCUUUAGAAAAAGAACAUAAAGAUAUGAUACAAAAAAUGAUAGAAGAUAAAAAUUUAAUAAUUAAUCAAGCACAAUAUUAUAAAGAUUUGUGUAAAAAUCAAUGUAAUAAAAUCAUUACAUUUGAUGAAAGUUUAAUUACUGCAGAGAAAUUAUUAGAACAUGUAUUAUCUCAAUAUCCACAACUUUUUAAUGAAUUUAAAAAUAAUUCUAGAAAUAAUUUAUUAAAUAAAUCUUUUGGAAAAAUGCAUUAUGAAAAUAUACAUGCAGUAAGAGAUAAUAUUAAACUUAUUAGAAAAUCAUUAAGUCAUUUUAAAAUGACAUGUAAAAAUAAUUCUUUUCAAUUUUUUCAUAAUUCAGAAUCGACAAAGAAAUAUACUAGUAACCACCAUAAUCAUAACAAAAAUAUUAAUCAUCAUCAUCAUAAUAAUAUUAAUUAUUGUCAUCAUAAUUAUAACAGUGCUAAUAAUAUGCAAAAAUAUAAUAGUAGCAAUAAACGAGUUACUAGUCUCUUAAGAAAUUAUGAAAAAAAAGAUUCACAAAAAGAAUAUAAAAACAAACAUAUAAAUGUUUUAUAUACUGGUAGAAAAAGAACAGUAAGUAGCAAUAACAGUAGAAAUAAUUCUGUAUUAUCAGAUUGUGCAAAAAAAAAUAUAGACUUAAGAAAAAAAAUCGAUAGUUAUAAUUCCUUAUUCCAGAAAAAUUUUAUAGAAGCUACUAAUAAAUAUAAUACAACUACACAGAAAAUUAAAAAAAAUACUGAUGAUAUAAUGAAUACAUAUGAAGACAAUACAAAUAUGGACAUUAAUAAAGAGAAAACUGAUUUACAAAGUGAAUAUCAUAAUAAGAAUAUGUAUAAUAAUGAAAAUGAAUUUUAUGCUACCUCAAAAAAAAAACAUGUAAAUACAGAAAAUAAUGAAUCUAUACAAAACAGUUAUGAUAAUAUAAAUAAAAUAAUAAAUGACAUUACUAAUUAUGAUGAAAUGAAAUAUAAUCAAAUGGAUAUAUUAAAUGAAGAUAAUUUAAGUAAAGACAUUAAUGAAUUAAAUAAUAUUGAUAUUGUAAAUAUGUAUGAAAAAAAUAAUUCUUCAAAUAACAUGAACGAUUCAGAAUAUGUAUAUAUAAAUAAUAAAAAGGAAUUAAAUGUAAAUAAUGAUCUUCCAGAAAAUAAUAAAAAUGAAAUGUUUGAUGAUGUAAAUAUACAUACGUUACAUAUGAAUAAAUCACAAGAGGAUAAUUCAUCUAAUUUGGAUAAUAAUAAUAUAAAACAUGUUCAAGAAUUUGACAAGGAUAAUUUUAAGGAAGUCAUAUCAUUUAUUGAAAAAAAUGUUAUUAAAAAUAUCCCAGCAGUAAAAAAUAGUGAUAAAAAUACAAAAGAAAUAAAUAAACUAAAUGUAAAUAAUGUACCUACAAAAUUAUCUACCAAUUUAAUUAAACAUUCAAGACAGGUAAGUGUUUCAGUUAAUUCUUCAAAAUCAUUAAAUAUACAUAAGACAAAUGAAAAAAAAAAUAUUAGAGCAUUAUCAGAUAAUAGUCCAAGCAAAAAAGGGGUAAAUAAUAUUUCUACACAAACGAAGGUAUAUACAACUCAUAAUAAAUGUAAAAAUAUAGAAGAAGUGGAAAAUCUCAAAAGGGUUGAAUCAAUAAAUGCAAAAUCUCCUAAGGCUUCUCUCAGAAAAAAAAUCAUGGAUAAAUGA